AUGACCUUAAGAAGAUUACUUUGCUAUUUUAUUUAUGCAAUUAACUUCUCAUUUUUUAGAGAAGCGCAUGCCACUCCACUGACUUAUGGAAGUACUGUUUACUUUAUACAUUCAAAUACAAAGUGCAAUCUAUUCACUGCAAAAAUAACUUGGUCAAAUGGAAAUCAAGCAGUUACAUGCUCUAAAGAACCUUCAUCAGAGAAUAUGUGGUACCUUAGAGAAUCUGAAUUACCUUACAAAGGUGCAGGUUCAGCUAUACUCUGUGGUGAUACUAUAAGAAUUCAAAGUACACAUAGCGAUAGAUUUAUUGAAGGGAGUGGUUCAAAUGUAAAGUCAAUGAUUAGCAGACAAUAUGAAGUAAGCUGCAAAGAUGAAUCUGAUUGUAUAAAUAGUAAAUUUACUAUAGAAUGUAUUAGAAAAAAAAGUGGAGAAAAGUUGGAAAUUCGUGACAAAUUCAGAUUACUUAAUACUGAAAUGAAAGGUUAUUUAAGAUCUAGUAAAAGGAACUUAUUUGAUAAUAGUAAUUGUCCAAGAUGUCCAAUUGUUGGCCAUUAUGAAGUAGCAAUUACUCUCAAUAGUAGAAAGUCCGAAGAUGAUAUAUGGGAAUUUAAACAAGGUUUACUAAUAGAAAAUUUAAUGGAGUCAAGUGAUAAAUUAAAAGAUGAAUUGUAA